AUGGCUGGCAAAAGCUACGGCUACUACCGGCUCCUCAUCUUUGCUGCCAUGUACGUUGGCUACACCCUGUACUACUUCAACAGGAAAACGUUCUCGUUUGUGAUGCCCUCAAUCAUGGAGGAGAUAGAGCUCGAUAAAGAUGACUUGGGUCUGAUCACCAGCAGCCAGUCGGCAGCUUACGCCGUUAGCAAAUUCAUCAGCGGAGUCCUUUCCGACCAGAUGAGCGCCCGCUGGCUCUUCUCCUCCGGCCUUCUGCUCGUGGGCGCCGUCAACGUGGUCUUCUCCUGGAGCUCAACGGUGCCCAUCUUCGCGGGGCUGUGGUUCCUCAAUGGGCUAGCCCAGGGCCUUGGGUGGCCCCCCUGUGGGAAGGUGCUCCGCAAGUGGUUUGAACCCUCCCAGUUUGGGACCUGGUGGGCAGUCCUCUCCACCAGCAUGAACCUGGCCGGAGGGCUGGGCCCCAUUGUGGCUGCUCUGAUGGCGCUGAGCUACGACUGGCGCACAACCCUGGCUCUCUCUGGCUCGGUGUGUGUGGUCGCCUCCUUUGUAUGCCUUCUUCUAAUUAAGAAUGAGCCCUCAGAUGUGGGGCUGCCCAACAUUGAGCUGGGGCCCAAGAAAGGGAAAAAGGGCCCCUCAUCAGAUGCCAGCACCCUGGCCGAGCUGCUGCUCUCCCCAUACCUCUGGGUCCUGUCGACUGGCUACCUGGUUGUCUUUGGUGUGAAGACGUGCUGCACGGACUGGGGGCAACUGUUUCUCAUCCAGGAGAGAGGGCAGUCGACGCUUGUGGGAAGCUCAUACAUGAGUGCCUUGGAAGUCGGGGGCCUGAUGGGCAGCGUUGCAGCUGGCUAUCUUUCAGACCGAGCUGUGGCCCGGGUGGGCCUGUCGCAGUACGGGAACCCUCGGCACGCACUUCUCCUCUCCAUGAUGGCAGGCAUGUCUGCUUCCAUGUACCUCUUCCGGGUCACGGUCACAAGCAGCUCUCCCCAGGAAACGAGCUCUUGGAUUCUCGCCUUCCACCCUCUUGCUAUCCUUGUGGGCUUAACAGAACACGAGUUGUGGAUCCUGAUAUUAGGAGCUAUCUUUGGAUUUUGUUCUUAUGGACCAAUUGCAUUGUUUGGCGUUAUAGCCAAUGAAAGUGCUCCGUCCAACCUGUGUGGAACGUCUCAUGCCAUUGUUGCGCUAAUGGCCAACGUGGGAGGCUUCCUGGCCGGACUGCCCUUCAGCACUAUCGCCAAGCACUACAGCUGGGGAACGGCCUUCUGGGUAGCGGAAAUGACAUGCUCUGCCAGCACAGUGGCCUUUUUCUUCCUGAGGAACAUCCGCACGAAGAUGGGCCGUGUGCCAAAGAAGGUGGACUGAAGCCCAAGAGUGAUGCAGCCAUGG